AUGCAUGUCUUCGGACGCUCAAAGUCGAAACAGCCUCACGCAGAGGACUCGUCGUCGAACAAGGAGAUCAACGCCGAGAGAUCCGGAUAUUCAAAAGCACCCCCAACCGGGCUCCGCGUCUUCACCAUAACGAUCUACACGCUCGCGACGGUCUUCCUGAUCCUCGUCCUGAUAGGCAACAUCAACAACAAUGCCGUCAUCCGGAGUACAUAUUUCCUGAGGAUCGAGCUCGCCAACAUCAUCCCGGCGUCCGUGCCGUACGCAGUCUUCAUCAACAGCAUCGCCCAAUCGAUCGGCUUGCACGAUUUCUAUCAAGUCGGACUCUGGAAUUUCUGCGAGGGAUACAAUGGGCAGGGUAUCACGCACUGCUCCCCGACCGAGACGCUCUACUGGUUCAAUCCUGUGGAAAUCAUCCUGAACGAGCUGCUCGCCGGGGCGUCGAUCAAGCUGCCAAGCGACGUCGUCGACGUGCUUGAACUCGUGAGGCUGGCCUCGGCGUGGAUGUUCGCGUGUUUCAUCGUCGGCGUGUGUCUCACCUUCCUGUGCGUGUUCUUCGCGCCGAUGGGCUUCUCCAAGCACCCGCGCUGGCAGCAUCGGACGAGACGCAUCUUUCUCCGACAGUUGCCCAUCACGAUCCUCAGCUUCGGGGCGCUGUUGUUGACCGCGGCCGCCAGCGUCAUCGCCACGGUCAUGUUCGUCAUCUUCCGCAACCAGUUCCAGGGCGCUGCGGACCUCAACAUCCACGCACGUCUGGGCCAGCCCAUGUUCGCGUUCAUGUGGAUCGCCACGGGGCUGAACCUGGUGGGCUUCCUCAUGCAGGUCGGCACAUGCUGCGGCGUGUGUUGCUGUACUGGGAGGCGCAAGGCCGAGAGACGGAGUCAGAGACAGAAUCACUUGGAUGUGGAUGGUUCUGGCCGAGAGGGAGGCGCGGGCGGUGAGGAAGAAAAGGCAGGGCAACACACCGGUACAAGCAGUUCUACUACAGGGAAGACAAGGCAGUACAGCAGUAUGAGAAGUUCGACCACAGGCACACGGACGCCCACGCCCGGCAGAUUCGCAAGCCAAUUCAGGAAGAGAUGA